CUCUCGCCGUCGAAUUGGCACUCAUGAUUGUACGCCGCUUGACCCGCCUCUUGUCGUCCAUAACGAGAAACGGCCUGCCUCAAGCUGAAGCAUCAUGCACUCAUUCAUCUGCCGCCCACAGCACAGCUGUAGACGGCCUGCUGCCCGCCCUCGCCCGUGCCCGGCGAGAUCACCGUGAACGAUGCAGGCAGGAUCAGAGCCUUGCAGCGUGUCCGCCGUCGCUGGCCCUCGCCCGUGCCCGGCGAGAUCACCGUGAACGAUGCAGGCAGGAUCAGAGCCUUGCAGCGUGUCCGCCGUCGCUGGCCCUCGCCCGUGCCCGGCGAGAUCACCGUGAACGAUGCAGGCAGGAUCAGAGCCUUGCAGCGUGUCCGCCGUCGCUGGCGUGUGCGCUGCUGCUGAGUAUGUGGGCAUCUUCCCAUCUGCAGCUCGACAGACGGCGGGCCUGUGUGCGGUGCGAGGAGAGCCUCGAAGCCGCACUGACGGAAGGGGAGGAGCCUCGUGCUGCUGAAAACGGUACGCAUAUUCAGUAGGGAGGCAGUUGAGAGGUGGUUAUGACGAGUAUGGGUGGCUGUCUUGCGCUUGGUCGGUCAGAUGGCGAGCCGCAUCUGUUGGGCGGCAAGCAGGAUGCUUACGGCGGCCUCAUUGUCGACCCACAAACACUCCACAGGGACAAACAGGAGUUCGAACGAAGUACGCAACAAUUAAGUACACGUGUGUCUGCAAUGCUCUGUGCAUCUGUGUGUGUGUUUUGUUUUGUGUCUGCCUGUAUGCAGCAUUGGAGAGCUCCCUUGUCCACUGGCGUCAGGCCGGCUACAGGGGGAUAUGGAUGAAGAUACCCAAAGGUAUGUCAGAAUGAGAAAGAAGCAGCACACGGCAAACAGCACGGCCGCCAUGACGGCUCCUGUGUUGUGUGGUGUGGUGUGGGUUUCGGAGCAGAUUUGGUCCAUUUAGUGCCCGUCGCUGUGCAGAAAGGCGAGUUCUCCUUCCACCAUUGCGAGAGGUACCAAUGCACAGACCUAACACAAACCUACAGGCUGUCAUGCCUUCGUUCGGUUGUUGAUCCAUGUGUCAGCGACUACAUCAUGCUGACGCGUUGGCUGCCGUCGUCGUCGAGUCCGCUGCCCAGCGGGGCGUCGCACCAUGUGGGUGUGGGGGCGGCCAUCAUCAACGACCGGAACCAGGUGCUGCUGGUGCAGGAGGCUAACGGACCACUCAAGGGCAGGGGCAUCUGGAAGAUGCCGACAGGUGGGUGGGUAUACCUCCAUCCAUCCAUCCACACCAACACACGUGUUGUGCGCACAUCCCUAUGUGUCUGCAGGUCAUGUGCACAACGGGGAGAGUCUGGUGGAGGCUGCCAUCAGGGAGGUCAGCCAGGCGCCGACUGGCUGGGGGCUGCACUUAUUCUCUCUCCCUGUGUGUGUGUGUGUGUGUGUGAGAAGGCAAAGGAGGAGACGGGCAUCGACACCGAGUUCGACUCCAUCCUCGCAUUCAGGCAGGCAAAGCCAAUAUACGCACACUCACGCAGAGGGAUUUGCGGCAUCUAUGCCCUGAUGAGUGCAUUUGUGUGUGUGUGUGUGUGUGUUGUGUAAAUGUAGGGAGUCCCACGGCGGUCCGCCCGUCACGGGCGGCAAGAGCGACCUCUUCUUUGUCGUCAAACUGAGACCACUGCAAAGUGCAGAAGAGGUCAGCACGGCACCCCUGCACACAAAACACACACACGCCGCCCAGCCCACAUGUCUUGCCAUAUGUGUGUGUGUGUGUGUAAUGUGCAGCUGGAGAUUUCGCCGCAGGACGGCGAAAUCUCCGCGGCCCAGUGGGUGCCGGUGAGCCACCUUGAGAGCAUCUCCAAGUUCAAGCCCGGCACCGUCUACCACACCUUCAACACACUUGCAGCCCGCUCCGCCUUACCACACACGGACGACCCCUCCCCCUCUCUCCCUCCCCCUCCGUCUAAGUCAUCCCUGCCACACAUGAGCGCCGCUAACGCCGUGCCAGCUGUCAACUACCCACUUGGUGUGGGUGGGGGCUUCGAGGCAAUGCCGGCAGUAAGGCGGCUGGAUGGGCCGAAUGACCCGCUGUUCCUCACACACGGGGAGCCCUACAGGGGCAUCCGGGGGUGGAAGAAGCUGCCGGCGGGCUUCCGCGGGAAGAUCGACUCGUUCUACUUCGUGACGCCGGUCCCACCGGAGGCCGCUCACCUGCUGAGAGAUGAUAAUUGACCAAGAUGUGGAGCUAGUGGUGGCUCUCUGGCAAUUGAGGGAGGGAGGGAGGGAGGGAGGGAGAGUGACGGAAUUGGCCGUUGGCAGGGCCGAGUCUCUGUCUGCCUGUUUUGCGUGCGUGUUGGGUGUGCAUAGGUAGGUAGGUAGCAGUUUUGUCUGGUGUGGCAGUCAGUGACUCAAUGAGUGAGUCGCAAUGCGAGAUGUGAAGCGCAAGAAG